AUGGCAGCCUCACCUUUGAACUCAAAAUCCAAUUUCCAUGCUCGCUCAAACAGCUUGCCCUCUACACCACACCCACUCAUUCUAAAAUGUUACGAACACUUGGACAGCUUAAUGGCUUCCAAUGAAACCACCUCAUCUUCACCAUCAUCAUUGCUUAGCCAUAAGAUAGGAGGCUUGCAAGAUUUUAUUGAUUGUGUUGAAAAUUUAGUUCAGCUUCCCCUCACCCAAGACACCCUUCUCCAUGAUCGACAAGAAAAUUGGGUAGAUGAGCUUCUGGAUGGAUCCUUAAGGCUCUUAGAUGUGUGUAAUGCAUCCAAAGAUGCUUUACUGCAUACAAAAGAAUGCACACGUGAACUUCAGUCAAUCAUAAGAAGAAGGAGAGGAGGUGAAAUGGAGCUAACAACAGAGGUUAAAAAAUUCUUGACAUCGAGGAAGAUAGUGAGAAAGGCUAUCUCCAAAACCUUGGCAAAUUUAAAGGGUAGAAAAAAUUGCAACAUCUUAUCUACAAACAAAGACCAUAAAAAAGUAGCUUUGAUUAGCUUAUUACAAGAUGUGGAAGUGGCCACAUUAUCAACAUUUCAGACACUACUUCAGUUUAUCUCAGGGUCAACACAAUCAAAGUCUAACAGCUGGCUUUAUUUUUCCAAGUUGAUUCAGACCAAAAGGGUAGCUUGCUCUCUAGGGGAAGAUGAAAGCGAAUUUUCCCAAGUGGAUGUAGCAUUGCAGUCCUUGGUAUUUGCCAAGACUAGCAAAUUUGAAGAUGUGAAUAAGCUGCAAAAACACUUGGAGAAAAUGGAGUCGUGCAUUCAAGACCUUGAACAAGGGCUUGAUUUUCUAUUUAGGCGUCUGAUUAAAAUCAGAGUUUCCCUUCUUAAUAUCCUCAACCACUAG